AUGCAAGAACAAUCCAGUAAGCUAUCAGAACAAGGCAAGGGAUUCCAAGAUAACUAUCCUCCUGUCUACAACAGCUUCACUGAUUAUGUCAACUCGCAGAUGUCGACAAUAGGCAGGGCGAGGUCAUGGCAAGACCAAAAAUCCCUAUUCGGGAUGAGAAUCAAUCCUAAGAAGCUCCCUGGAGAAAGGAAAGUCAAUCCAGAACAAACAUCUUUUUCCGGUGAUCUUAAGGAAUUCAUCAAUGAUAUGCAGCUAGGGCUAGGAGGAGAUGGGAACAACGGAAGUUCAACCUAUUGCCCAUUUCAUGGCUACAAUUGUUAUUGCAUCUUCCGCCCUCAAUCCCGAAUUGGAUUCCAAGGAAACGUGACCCAAAUGUCAGAUGCGAACAUGGGGCCUCAGACACCCGACCAAACGUUGCGUUCACCUGGAAAGCAAGAGACAAAUCAAGAUGAGAGAGAAGUACAGGCUAUCAUGAUUGGGCAACCUCCCAAAGGGGAUUUCUCCAGGAUUCGGCCGAUCCAUACAGCUCGCCAACAAGUCCAACCAAUGCAAUUGCAAGUCCAAUCCAGGGCAACCGCUCAAGCUCAAUCCACCCCAGUCAGAUAUAUGGGAAGAGAGGAGCACACCGAAAGU